AUGUCAAGUGCAAAAGUCGCCUCAUAUCACCUAUCUGUUCGAUGCCAAUACUGGAUGGACAACAGGUAUUUUGUUGCAGUAACAAGAUCGCCAAAGCACCAUUAUUACAUUUUUAUAGAUGAUGAUGUGGUGCUGCCCUUAGAUUUAUUUGCAUCGCCACAAAUAAAGAGGCUUCCGCCGUCUAGAGUCUUCGAAUAAUGGCUCUUAGAGUACGAGCCUGUAGUUGGCGUUGUGGAUUACAAAUGGCAUCAUGGGGCCAUCUGGACCAAUGAGAGAAGAAAGAAAAUAUGUAACAAAACGGACAGUCCCCUUGUGAUACCAAAAGUAUGGUAUGAUGGUCUUUUCAAUGCAUUUCAUUACAAAUCUAUCGAGCAUCUCUCCCCUUACCGUUCGCAGUAUGAAAACAAAAGCUGGUGGUCACAGCAGAGGUAUAUGUUUUCUGCUGUGGAACCGAUAAUUCGAGGCCAAGCGUUGAUGUUUGUGCCUGUUAGUGCGGGAAAUCCAAAACAUCGCCCAUACCCAACGUCUUUAAAGAACGAAAACACAAACUGGGGAGAUUACAUCGAUACAGUUCGAGAGAAACCUCCUUUAAUUUACAGAAAUAGGACCUUAGUCGAAGAUUUUAGGCGGAAUCUUGAGGGUUACGUUAUCAACACGACAACGUAUUGCAUGAAUGUAACACGUCAUCAACACAUUAAACCGUACGCUCAUUUUGAUUUUCAGACAGAGAUGUAG